AUGUUAAACAGAAAUCAAAAAUAUGAUUUACACACUAUUAUUUUAAAUAGUAAAAGUUUAAGAAAGCAUCAUAUCAAAGAAGAAGAUGUUAUUCAUCUCAAGGGUGAUGUAAAAGAACAUUUUUAUGAAUUAAAAAUUGUAAAAGAAGCUCACAAUAUGGCAUUUAAAAAAUGUACCGUUGAAGAAGGUUUACAAUUAAGAGAUUUGUUCAAUGGAGAGGGUAAUAUUUUUACAACCUCAUUUCAUAUCAAUGAGGAUAAAAGUGAACUUUCUCAACUCUUUAUUGACAAUUGCAUUGAAAAGGGUGUUAGUGCCGUUCCACAUUUGGUGUAUAAUGGUGCAUCUUCAUUACUCACAAUUGAUGUCAAUGGUGAAGAAUAUGAAAUCAGCAGAAAAAGAUUAAAUGGUUUGUCAAACUACAUCAAAAGUGUUUACUCAACUGGAGAUUUGCUUGAACCUCAAGAUCACAUUUUUGGUAAAAUCCAUCCAAGUAGAACUUUUCAAAGAACUUUGAAGAAAUACUAUAUGUUUAUGAAACGUAUUAGUGAAUUACUUGACAACUAA